AUAAAAUCAUACUACAACUCUAGGUAGGAUUUUUAAAAUGAAAACUAUACCUAUAUUGGACGACGACCGACCUAAGGUAGUGGAUCAUUCCAAACAUCAUUAUCAUCACCAUCAUCACUACUAUCACUACGAUCAGCUCACUUGUCACGGCUCGGUUGAUAUUCAACCAAAGCCCAAAACAUAUUGCGUGCACUGCAAGGCGGACUCCAGCUACGCCCUCACUGAUCGUGAGGGCACUGUUAUUCUUGCCCUCGCUGACCCGACGGACCCCUGCCAGGUCUGGUUCCGAGAUGACAGCCUUAGCGUCCAUGUUAAAGAUGAACACGGCUUUUCCAGCUUUGUGCUGGUCAACAAAGGCAGUGGUAGAGCACUCAAGCACCCCUCUGGCGCCGGUCAACGGGUGGAGCUUUUGCGGUAUGACCGUGGUGCCCUUCUUGAUGGAUCCACGUUGUGGACUGCGGCGGGGGAGGAAGAGUAUAAAGCGGUCAGAUUGCAGAAUAACGUGCGGCUGAACAUGGAUGCAUUCGGCGGCGUCAAAGAGUCCGGUGGGGUGCAUGGUGGCACGACCAUCGGUGUGUGGGAAUGGAACGGCGGCGAUAAUCAACUUUGGAAGUUUGUUCCAAACUAAGGGAUUGAACUCUUCCUUAUUCAUGAAUUGUACAUCAUGUAUAUGAAAUAAUGAUCAAUACAUAAUAAAAUAAGACUGUUUUUAUUAUUGCCAUUACACAUGGGAAUCCUUCUAAUCAGAUCACUCAUCUACUUCUAAUCCUUAUAAUCAAGAGUAAACAUGAUGUCGUCUUUGUUUACAA